AUGGCGAUAGCAACUGAGGCCACCUGGGCGGCUUUUCCGCUGGUUCAGCAGCUUUUUAGCAGCAAUGGUGAGGUCCCUCGCCUGCUGCCACUGCCCUUCUGGCUCCCGCUGGACAUCUAUACAUCCCCUACCUAUGAAGUGAUAUAUGUGGUACAAGUCUUGCUUAUACCACUUUCGACCACAUCUCUGUUCUCUGAUUUCGUUUUCGUUGACCUGAUGAUGAGGAUUGCAGCUGAAUUGGAGAUUUUGAACUACAGCAUUUCCGGUUUGCAGAAUAUUAAAAAUAGUGUUUCAACGAAGUCCAAGAAUGAAUACAAAUCAGUCGACAGAGGCUCAUGUGACUCGAUACAACUACAGCUUGCGAAGAACGUGAAACAUCACCAACAAAUCCUUCGGUGUGUCGUCUUGCUAGAGGAAGCAAUGAACACAGGAGUGUUUAUUCUGUUUCUAGCGACGACGAUUGCAUUAUCCAGCAAUAUCUUUGCUGCAACAGCAAGUGACAAACUACUGCAUUCGGCAUUCAGCUGUGGAUGGGUGGACUGCGACACGCGGUUCAGACGCAACCUGAUUAUUUUCUCUAUGGCGGCCAGACGACCUCUGGAAUUCACUGUGGGAAAAACGUACAAGCUGUCCAAGGAGACUUUCUUACAGGUGUGUUGUAUUUUGAUUUUGUACGGCUCUCUUCCUUUGGACUCACCGGGCUGCAGCGGGCCACUGGUUGCGGCGCAGCCCACUGAUGUGACGGCGGCCAGCGCUGUCGCAGCCCUAGUUACGGCCGGGAUCCGCGCCGUGUCGCUGUCGCUCGCAAACCACGGCCGCCCGCUAACAAGCCGCUGCGGCUGCCCCUUGCUGGUCACCGAACGCAGGCCUGCGCUGCACCAGCUGCGCCCGACGGGCCCCGGCCGUCCCCAGGCCCGCAAAUCUCACCGCCAUCUGACGACGAUAUCGAACACGCCGCCGAAACUACGUUCCAAGUUCGCUGUUAUGCAUUAA